UUUUCUCGACUACGAAUUCAAAACAUUAUAACUUUUUUUAUAAUUUUAUAACUAGUACUUCGUUUUUCUGUUCACUGGUGGACUCACCUACGAUGGCGGCAGAGGGCGAGCGCCUAUGACAAGUGUCCCCCCGUCAGUUAAAUCAAUAAACCAAGGAGCAGAGGCAAAUUUUGAAAAAUGAGGUUAACUCUAAUCAAAUAAUUAGAAAUUUUAGGAUUUCUCUAUUUUCCUCACCCGGCGAAAAAUAAGUGUCCAACUGGACCGUUAAUUUUACUUUUCAAAUGUUCUCCUUGAAAGCGGCAUGUACCUCCAGGAACUUUUUCGUGACAAAGUAUUGUCCUUUGGUUUGCGGCCGGUUGUACGCCAAAAGGAAAAAACACGAGAAAUCGAUAGUGUCGUCUUCCGCUCGAGGUGAUAUUGACACUAACGUGAAACCGCUGGGAGAACGAGUGAAAGAGACGACAAAGACCGCGUCUUAUUUGGGGAUUAUUUUGCUCGGUGUCGGUGUAACUGGUUCCUUGUUUUAUGCCGUUUUCAGCGAACUGUUUUCUAGUAAGAGCCCGAACAGUGUGUAUUCGCGAGCAGUGAAAAAAUGCAUCGAAGAUCCACGGAUCGAGGACAAAUUAGGAUAUCCGAUUAAAGCCUAUGGGGAAGAAACCAGAAGAGGUCGUAGGCAACAUAUUAGUCACGUCACUUAUAAAGAUUCCGAUGGGGUACAACAUUUAAGAAUGAAGUUUCACUUGAAAGGGACAGCAUGUAGCGGAACUGCCCAUCUGGAUAUGAUUGAGAAUGAUAGGGGAAAAUAUGACUAUAGAUAUUUAUUUGUGGAAGUUGAUGAUAUGUUAAGAAACACAAUUGUAAUUGAAGACAAUCGAAGCAGUGUUCCAAACCUCAAACUUGACACAAUUUAUUAAAAUUUUCGUCUUUUAAGUUUAUAAUGUAAAUAAAAACUAUAUCAUAGUACUUUUUAAUUUAAAUUACUUAAGACGCAAGAUAGUUACAUAGGUUACAGGAGCGGAAUACCAUAGACUGCGAAACGGAUAAU